AACGCAUUGCCGGCCGGGUUGAAUUGUUUUUGUUUAUCGCAUGCCCUCAAAAAUUCUCCGGAAGGGCAAUUUUAUCCGUUUUUUCCGUGCUAAAUAAUGAAUUUAUUGCCAAAAUCUCACAAAGAAUUCGGUGAGACCGAAUAUUGGAAUCGAUUCUUCAAGCAACGUGGCAAAAACAACUUUGAAUGGUACGGGGAGUAUUUGGAAUUGGCAGAACUCCUGCACAAGUACAUAAGGCCUGCAGAUGAAAUUCUUGUUGUUGGCUGUGGAAAUUCGUCUCUUAGUGCUAAUUUGUGGGAUGUGGGCAUUAAGAAGAUUUCCAACAUUGACAUCUCUGCUGUGGUCAUCAAGCAGAUGAUCAGCAUCAAUGCUGGACGUCCUGGGAUGGAAUUCCAGCAAAUGGAUGCAACAAAAAUGACGUAUGGGGAUGGGAAGUUUUCCGUGGUGCUGGACAAGGGAACAUUGGAUGCUUUGAUGACGGAUGAUAGUCCGGAAACCCUGGCUACGGUGCGGAAGUACUGGUCCGAAGUAAUACGAUGCCUUCGCCUUGGUGGACGAUACAUUUGCAUUUCUCUUCUGCAGCAGCAUAUCCUCGAGGCAAUUGUACGGCAUUUUGCAGCGGAAAAUUUCAUCGUGCGCAUAAAUAGAUGUCAUGAAGCAGAGCUGAAGAGUAGUGAGAAUAGCAAGGAUGGCACAGCAAUGCCGGUUUUCAUGGUUAUAGCCACGAAAUUCAAAGCAAUGCCCAAGAAGCUUCUUGAGGUGUCCCUGUCAAUGGAUAUUGGGGCUAUUCAGCGUGUGGACACUGAGGAGGAGCUCAUUGAGACCAUCAGAAGUGCUCAGAAGGCUGCAAUGGUUGUCUCGGGGCUCCAUCGGAUGAGUAUUGCGGGUCACAGUGAGGUCUCGCUGGAUCUCUACAGCCCCUCCGACGGGACACUUCGCUACACAAUCUACGUGCUGGAUCAGAAGGGGAGCUUUGGGCAUGGGAAGUAUGCGUCGUUCAUUGUCCCCCAGGGGCGGGAAUGUGAGUGGCUCUUCUUCACACCUGAAGGGCGCCGGAAGCUCCUUGCCAGUGUCAACUUCAAUCGUCUAGCCAUUGUAACCAUGCACCGGGGGCAGGUUUACGAAUCCUGGGACGCCGUUAAGGAUGAACUAUCGGCAAGUGUGCAAAAUCUCGCACCAGCUGAUCUCGGGCACGAUGAGAUCAUCCCGUAUUUAUCCCUUGGAGCUGAACUGGGAGCACGGGAGAUCAUCCACGAGGGGCGGAGUGAAUGUUCCGGAGAUUUUAUCGUUGAAGACGUGGCUGGAGAUAGUGGAACAAUUCUGCGACGUCUCAUUUUCCUCUCCAAUCAAUUUGUCAUUCAAUCAGAGGCACAAGUGAAGGUUGCUAAAAAGGGCAAGAAGAAGAUGAAGGUAAUCAACAGGAACUACCUUGCUUGCCAGCAUCAUCUCUUCAUGACGAUGGGCGUUGAAAUGGUGAAUAAAUUCCCAUCGAGGGGGAAGUCUGCAAAGAAGAGAUCCCCAAAUAUUCUCCUUAUUGGUCUAGGGGGUGGAGGACUCUGCAUCUUCCUCCAGAAGUGUCUAAAGAACUCCAAUAUAACUGCCGUGGAAAUUGAUCCCGCAAUGCUCAACGUAGCUACGGAAUUCUUCGGUUUGGAGCAAAGUGAACACCUCAAGGUGGUCAUUGAUGAUGGAAUUAACUUCCUAAAGGAGGCAGCAGAACGAGGGGACACCUACGAUGCCAUUCUCUUCGAUGUAGACGGAAAGGAUUCAACUGUUGGCAUGAGUUGUCCCCCUCAGGCAUUUGUGUCCACUGAAACACUCACUGCAGUGGCCAAAUGUAUUGCAGCUGAUGGUCUCUUUGUGCUGAAUCUCGUGUGUCGCGAUGACAGUGCAAGAAGCAACGCAGUGGAACGCUUAAAGGGAAUCUUUAGCACAGUUGGACGCUACAAACUCACCGAAGAUCUCAAUGAGAUUAUCUACUGUACAGCUGAGAAGAUCACCGAGGAUCAGCUGAAGAAAAUCGCAGGAGAAGCAUCGAAAGACAUCGCGGAGAUUUCAACAGAGCAAAAGUUAGAAUUUGAUCGGGAUGUCCUGGAGGAAGGAUCUUUUGCAACGGACAUUGCUAUCGUUUAAAAGUAAUAAAAAAAAUGAUGUAAAAAAUACACGAAAAAUAAAAAUAUUUGUAAUAAAAA